AUGUUUUUCUUUUUCGUGGGAGGAUUGGAGCAGCAGGCGAAGCAGGUGCUGAAGAGCGGCGUCGGUCGCUGCAUAUCCUGCGGAUCUCCGGCGGAUCUUGUGGAGUACGAGAAAGUGCUCAAGGCCUUCUUCGUGCCAGUGUGGCGCUGGCCAGGGAAGGAGCCGCUCAUGCACUGCAAGGACUGCAAUCUCUUCUUCCCUCAAUCGAUCGCUCCUCCACCGCGCCUCCCGGAAAAGGAAUCCGUGGAGGCGGCUCUGAGAUGCCACUUCUGCUCUCGUCAGGUCGAUGCCUCGUUUAGGUUUUGCCCCUUCUGUGGAUCGGGGCUUUAG